AUGGCACCUCUUGUUCCGUCGCAGGAGGAGCUGCAGCGUCGCCGUAUUAUUGGCAUCAACCCAGAAACUGUCACAAACAUCCCCUCCACGGAUUUCCCCGGCCAUUGGCCCGGAGAGUCGCACGCAUGGGCGCUGGAUGGUUUCAAGAAGAACUUCAAAGUCGAGUACCACCGCAAUGACCCGUACGAAGCCUCUUUCUCGCUGAUCGGCCUGGACGCCGCGGUCGCGAAUGCCUUCCGCCGCAUCCUCAUGGCUGAGAUCCCGACUCUUGCCAUCGAAUAUGUCUUCGUUCACAACAACACUUCCGUCAUCCAAGAUGAAGUGCUUGCGCAGCGUCUGGGACUGAUCCCGCUCAAAGGUUCUGUGGAGGGCAUCAACUGGAUGCACUGGUUCCGCAAACCGUCCGAGGACGAGGAAGGCUCCAGCGCAGAAGGCCCCAGCGAUUAUAACACCAUUGUUCUGCACCUCGACGUCGAAUGCACCAAAAACCCCAAUGCCGACGAGGAUGAGCAGGACCCGCGCAAGCUGUACAACAACGCUCACGUCUAUGCCAAGGACAUUUCGUUCCACCCCGUCGGUCGUCAGGAGCAGUUUUUCGUUGAUGACGGUGCGAUCCGCCCCGUGAACCCGGACAUCCUCAUCGCCAAGAUGCGCCCCGGCCAGAAGAUCGAGAUGGAAAUGCACUGUGUGAAAGGCAUUGGUGCCGAUCACGCCAAGUUCUCGCCCGUUGCGACCGCCACUUACCGUCUCUUACCGGAUAUCCAGAUCGAGCGUCCCAUCAUUGGUGAGGAUGCGAAGAAGUUCGUCAAGUGCUUCCCAAAGGGUGUCAUUGGUCUUGAACCUGUUACUUCCGAGGAGGCUGCACGCAGCGGAAGCGGAUAUGAGGGCCAUGCCGGUGAGCAGAAGGCUGUUGUGAAGGAUGCCUUUAAUGACACCGUCAGCCGUGAGUGCCUGCGCCAUGAAGAGUUCCAGGGCAAGGUCAAGUUGGGCCGUGUUCGGGAUCACUUCAUCUUCAACAUUGAGAGCACUGGCCAGUUUGAGAGCGACGUUCUCUUCCUGGAGGCUGUGAAGGUGAUGAAGCUGAAGUGCGCCCGGUGGAAGCGUGGUCUGCAUGAUUUCAUGGCGUAA